CAACCUACUAGAGAAAAGUGUUAUAGCCAUGUAGCCAGAUUUGGAUUUUGUUUUUUUUUGUGGACUAUUGCCUGCUGCUGUUUUUCCACUGAGGGGUCUUGAGUGUGUGAAGUCAGAAUGGUUGAGAGCAUGGAUUUUGAGAAAGAAGAGAAACGCUAUUGCAUUCGUGGCAAGCACGUAAUUAUCAUUUGCGUGCUUGUGGUGGCCUGCUCUUUGACAGUGGGUCUUGGGGUGGGACUCACACGUCCUGUUACUAAAACCCCCUCUCCAACAUCAACACCCGAGCCUUCCCAGCCCCCACCAACUGACAUGGGGCCCUGCAAACCUUCCAGUGAUUCCAGCGGUGACUGGAAGAAUUUUCGUCUUCCUAACUACAUCAACCCACUCCACUAUAACUUGCACCUAGAGCCAGACCUUGACAACGACACCUACAAAGGGACUGUCGAGAUCCACAUGGAAUCAGUCAACCUACCAGUUUUUCUGUGGCUGCACAUCAGAGAUACAUUUGUUAGUGCCAUGCCCAGGCUGAAGAUGUUGAACAGUGGCACAGAGGUGAUGGUCAAUCGAUGCUUCGAAUAUAAGCCCAAUCAGUAUGUGGUAGUGGAGCUUGCAAAGGAGCUUCCUGCAACCCUGCUAAAUGAGGUGUACGUGUUGGGUCUUGACUUCCAAGGAUUUCUCAAUGGCUCUUUGGUGGGUUUCUACAGGGUCAUCUACACUGAGGAGGGGGUUACCAAAAAGAUUGCUGCAACUGAUCAUGAGCCAACAGAUGCACGUAAGUCAUUUCCCUGUUUUGAUGAGCCAAACAAGAAAGCCACCUACAACAUCUCAAUCACUCAUGAUGCAUCCUACGAAGCUCUCUCCAAUAUGCCAGCUGAGGGUCCCUCUGAACAACUGCCUGACAAUAAAAGAAAGACCUCCUUCAUGAUGUCUGUCUCAAUGAGUACUUAUUUGGUUUGUUUUGCUGUACAUCAGUUCAAGUCGGUUGAAAGAAUGUCAGCACGAGGAAUUCCGUUGAGAAUCUACGCUCAGCCAAGUCAGUUAAAAACUGCAGAGUACGCAGCAAACACAACCAAAGUCAUCUUUGACUACUUUGAGGAUUACUUCAACAUGACAUACUCCUUACCAAAACUAGAUAAGAUAGCGAUUCCUGACUUUGGUACUGGUGCUAUGGAGAACUGGGGCCUUAUCACAUAUCGAGAAACCAAUUUACUGUAUGAUGAAACUCAGUCAUCCUCUUACAACAAGCAACGAGUGGCCACUGUCAUCGCCCACGAGCUGGUUCACCAGUGGUUUGGGAACAUCGUGACAAUGGAUUGGUGGGAUGACCUGUGGCUUAAUGAGGGCUUUGCCAGUUUCUUUGAAUACAUUGGUGUGGAGAAAGCUGAGCCGAGUUGGGGCAUGCAAGACAUUAUGGUCAUCAGUGAUGUGCUUCCUGUUAUGGAGGAUGACGCUCUUCUUUCUUCUCAUCCGAUAAUUGUGAAUGUAUCAACACCAGAUGAGAUUACCUCUGUGUUUGAUGCCAUCUCAUACAGUAAGGGGGCAUCCAUUCUACGAAUGUUGGAGGACUGGAUGGGUAAAGAAAAGUUCAGAGAUGGAUGUCGAAAAUAUUUGAAUGACCACUACUUCAAGAAUGCUAAAACAGCUGACUUCUGGACAUCACUGACCAGUGUGAGUGGGUUACCAGUUGCAGAGGUAAUGGACACAUGGACCAAGCAGAUGGGUUAUCCGGUGAUUGAUUUGUCUGUAUCACUCUCAAGUGCGACUCUAACCCAAAAGCGCUUCCUCUUGGAUCCCAAAGCUGAUGCCACUCUGCCGCCAUCACCUUUUGGCUAUAAUUGGACAAUUCCAGUAAAAUGGCAUUCUGUGAAGAGUGACAAGAUCAUGAUGGACAUUUUUAAUAAAAGCAGCACAGAACAAGUCAUCACAAACUACUCCACUGCAGAGGAUGGACUGCUGAAGGUUAACAAGGAUCAUAUUGGAUUCUACAGAGUCAACCACGAGGAUCACAUGUGGAGUGCGAUAAAUCAGCAGCUUGUCAACAAUCACUCAGAGUUUGAUGCAACUGAUCGCACCAGCUACAUUGAUGAUGUUUUUGCUUUUGCAAGAGCAGAUGUUAUUGACUAUGGCUUUGCCUUCAAUCUGACCAUGUACCUGACCAAUGAAACUGAAUACAUUGUUUGGAAACAGGUGGCCUCUGCAAUAGCAUAUGUUCGUGAUAUGCUGUCAAAUAACAUGAUACUCUACCCAAGGUUUCAGAAACUGUUCAGUGAGCAUGUGAAAUCAAUCACAACAUCCCUUGGAUGGACUGAUGAAGGCUCACAGACAGAGAGGUUACUCAGGGAAACUGUGCUCAGCAUUGCAUGUCAGAUGGGAGAUCCGACGGCUCUGGAAGAGGCAUCGAAGAUUUUUAACCAAUGGAUUGAAGGCAGUCUACGUGAGAUACCAGUGAACCUGAGGCUGCUGGUCUAUCGAUAUGGCAUGAAGAACUCAAACAGUGAAAAAAACUGGAACAUCAUGUUCGAGAGGUACAAGAACACUUCUUUGGCUCAGGAGAAGGACAAACUUCUGUAUGGACUGGCAUCAGUUGACAGGGUCGACUUACUUAACAAGCUUCUUGAGGCAUGUAAAAAUGAGAGUGUGAUGAGGAGCCAGGAUCUGUUUACUGUUGUGAGAUAUAUAUCAUACAACCCACUUGGGCAAAGUAUGGCCUGGGACUGGACCACACUUAACUGGAACUACCUGGUAGAAAGAUACUCCAUCAAUGACAGAAACCUUGGUCGCCUACUGAAUUACAUUACAUCCUCCUACAACACAGAACUACAGCUAUGGAAGAUGCAGAAUUUCUUCAGUCUAACACCAAAUGCUGGUGCUGGCGAGUUGCCCAGAAAACAAGCACUGGAGACUGUCAAGAACAACAUUGAAUGGAUCCAGAGAAAUGAGAAAGAGAUCAAAACAUGGCUGGAUAAUAAUGUUUCUUAAAAUGCACAAUUGCUUUUCUUUCUAUAAAGUCUCAACAUCAACAGAGGACAGGUGGGAUGAAUCUGUGAUGGAAAAAGAUUCAGUCAAACCAGAAACUAAAUCUAUGAUUUGUGAUUUUUUUUUUCCUGUUGUAACAGAUCAAUGUCAAU